AUGGGCUCCAUCAGCGCAGAGGCGAAGCUGCCUUGGAUCGAAACCCCCCUCAUAUCCUCUCCUGAGCUCUCCCGUGCCGCCGGCUGCAACAGCAACAUCCUUCUCAAGCUCGAAAACCUCCAGCCCUCGGGCUCGUUCAAGUCCCGCGGCGUGGGCAACCUCGUGCUCCGCGCCGUCGCCGCCUCGGCGUCCGCCGACGUGCACUUUUACUGCUCCUCCGGCGGCAACGCCGGUCUCGCGUGCGCGACGUCGGCCGCGGCCCUCGGCCUCGCGGCGACCAGUGGGAACGCAAACCCCGAAGCACAGAGCAAGGAGGGGGGGGGGGGGUCUGGUAGAUCAUCCUCCAGACGCCCCCGCGCGUGGACAAUGCCGCAGUUGGUGCGUCUGUCGGCGGCGGCGGGGCUCGUCAACGGCCUGCUGCAGGGUCUCGAGGACGUGGAGCGCGACGGCGGCGCGUCGGCGCCGUGGCCGCGCGGACGCCCGCCGACCGUCGUGGCGGUCGAGACGCGCGGCGCCGAAAGCCUGCAUGCGAGCGUCGAGGCCGGACGCCUCGUCACGCUGCCGGCCAUUACGUCCAUCGCCACGAGCCUCGGCGCCGUGCGCGUGUCCGAGCGGACCUGGGAGUGGGCGCGGCGCAAGGCCGUGCUGGGCCCGCGCCGGCAGGCGGAGCACGGGGGCCGCAAGAUGGGACCGGCGGGGCUCGAGAGUCUUGUCGUCAGCGAUGCCGAGGCGGCCAUGGCGUGUGUGCGGUUCGCGCACGAUGCGCGCUUCGUCGUCGAGGUGGCGUGCGGCGCGACGGUGGCCGUCUGCUACAACGGGGCGUUGCGGGAGACGCUCGGGCGCGGGCUGUCGGACGAUGAGUGGCGCAGGAAGAAUGUCGUCGUCGUCGUGUGCGGAGGGUCGAAUGUGAGUCUCGAGGUGCUUGAGGAGUACAAGGCCACGUAUGCGCACAUGGUCUGA